UUUAAAAUGGAGAAAGAAGAGAGUAAAGCUCCUGAAGUUUACAAGAAGAAGAAAUUGCUAGGCGAAGGUGCUUCUGGUAAAGCAUACCUCGUCCAGUGAGGAUCUGAUAAGAGUAAAGCAGUUGUCAAGCAAAUCAAUGUCGAGGAUAUGGCAGACAAAGAUCGUGAAAAGACUCUGAAGGAGUCCCAAUAUAUGGCCUUAUUCAAGCAUCCCAACAUUGUCAGGUUCAGAGAGAACUACAUGACCAAGAAGGGUAACCUCUGCAUUGUGAUGGAUUACUGUGAUGAUGGUGACCUUUACAAAUAUCUUGAGUCGUUAGACACAAAGCUCAAAGAAGAAGAUAUUCUUAACCUUUUCGUUCAAAUAUGCCUUGCUUUGAAAGAAAUUCAUGAUGAAAGGAUCAUUCAUCGAGACUUAAAGUCGAUGAAUAUCUUUCUAACAAAGAGAGGCAUCCUGAAGUUAGGUGAUUUCGGAAUAGCUAAAUUAUUUUCCACUAUGACUGUAGAGGCAAGAACAAGGAUUGGUUCUCCUUGAUACCUUUCUCCAGAGAUUGUGUCUGAUCAACCAUACAAGCAAUCAUCAGAUAUUUGGUCUUUGGGAGUGCUCCUAUACGAACUUUGCUGUCUCACACCUCCCUUCGCUGGAUCAAAUUUCAAUGAUCUAUGUGAAAAUAUCAAGAUUGGCAAAUAUGAGGAUAUUCCAGUAUUUUACAGUGAAGAGCUCGGCCAAUUAAUCAAGGCAAUGCUAAACGUUGAUCCGAACAUGAGACCUACCAUAAAUGACAUCCUUCAGCACCCUCUGCUCGUUCCACCCCUGCUUGAGCACGUCAAAAGUGAUAUUUUCAAGAAGGAAUUUAUUUAUUUAUCCAAAUUUGUUAAGGCCAAAUCAGAAGACACCAAAGAAGAAGCAUCCUCAAAGAAGAGCUUAACAAGAGAGCAGUUGAGAUAUAAGGAAUAUGUGAACAAGAUUGAGGAAUUAAUCAACCCUCCUGAGGAGUGUAAGCCCUCUAAGAGUUAACCUUCGUCUAAAGAUAUGGCAAUACCUCGAGAUUAUUACUUCAAUCUUCCAAGAUUUGUACUGAACCCAUUUUCAACCUUACCCAAAU